CACGUACGAAUUAMAGUACUUGGUACUGUAUGAACCGUACAGCACGGCACUAGCAAAAAAAUUAAAUGGGGAAUGAAUGAAUUACAGUAUCGAUUCUUGUGAAUUUGGGGGUCAAAUCAGAAACAACGUUGACUUUUGAAUAUGCAAAUCUUUUUUUUCUUGCWCCGAAGAAGAAAUAUCUGGAAGGACAAUGACGACGACAGAGCUUGACGAUCGUCGACAUUGAAUGCAAGCACCACAGACGAGCAAAACUACGCGGGGAAAUUCGAAUAGAAAGCCAUUUUCGAGGAUGGAAAACAAACCAAGUAUACAUCGGUCACAGCCCUCGUYACUGAUGAGAAUAUUUACCUCCACUCUCUCGAUGGCGGUUUCAAYUAUUUGCUUGUUGUUCUUGGCAAGCGGGCCCGCUCCUGCCAACUCGCUGCUACCGCAAGUACGCAUCGCACGGAACAGUGACGCUUUCAGAGGAAUCGCUCUCUGCCCGACUUCUCCUUCGCGAAUUGGCUCUGCACCCAGCUCUAGCGCCCUUAAAGGUUCACUGACCCCUUUGCCAAGAGAUAUCUCUCCCUUUGACAAGUCGGCGUCRAAGGGACGCGAUGUUCAGGGGGAACUGCGAAAAUUAGCAACGGUAGCACUAGAACGGGCCCUCUCGUCGAAAGAUGGCCCACCGACACGGUUAGAACUUGAAUUUCCGCCAUUGAUUGGUGGCGAUCAAUCCAAAACCCAAUUUGAUGACUUUGACAGUGAGUGUUUGCAGUGCUUGUAAUUUUUGUUUUUAAUUACGAAUCGACAACUUCGCCCCGUAAAAUUUCAGGGUCCUUCCAAAAGACUAACAUAAACUACGACGGAUAUUGUUCGCGUUGUUUUUUKGGGCUUUGACRACACCAAUCCGUACCGACCUGACCUUGCUUCGCAGACGUCCAAGAACUCAACCAGAACCAAGCCUGGUGCGUCCAGUGGCUGCCCACGCUUGCACAAUCCCUUAACCAAAAAUCGGCCGACGACAAACGGGUUUGGUUUGUUCUGCCGGAUACCAAGGAAGUGGAAUUGUGCAAAGAGGAGUGGGCCGGAGAACGCUACCGYCAAUCCGCGGUCUUUAGCUGCAUCGAAGCGGUGGCGCAGCACUAUGCAACCAGCAAUGGGGGCGAUGAAAACGAGGCAGGCUAUAGCAAGCCCUGGGGCGCCACCUUUGCCAGUGCCGUCAAUCGUCUCGUGAAGGGGGGAGACGAUGAGGAGGGCAGCGGAACGGGAUUGCUGGGCGACGAACGGGCUCUUGAUUCUCUCUCAGACGCUGGUUCGCCGUCCCUGCAUCUUGUGUGCCAACCCGGAAACGGAGGACCCGUAGAGGACUGGAUCAAUGUGAAGAAAUUCCACGACAAUGCUGCGAAACUGAGUUCCGGCGUCGGUCCGACGACGAUCGUGGUGAACGGGGCCCUCGACAAGGUCCGCGAYGGAUACUAUGCCCCGUUCAUCUUCCCAGCCCUAGCGAAGACAUUCGACUUUUAUAAAAGCUUCCAGCCCAUCCUCUUCCUGAAACCCGUUUCCGACAAGGGGCUCUAUGGGUGGCUAUUUAAAGUUUACGGUGAACCUUGGCAAGUCUUUCUGCAAAAGCCGAGGACUGUCACAAAAGCCUCUGGUACAACUAUCGAGGUGGAAGACAUCCAGGCGCUGGUAUCUGACACGCGGCCGACCUACCAGGAAUGCAUUCAAGCCCUACUGGCUUGCAACGUGGAAGCGAACUAGAAACAAGCUAACUACUWAUACGAAUAUCAUUUAACU